AGUCAACAACAGAACAUUAAAAUUCUGAAGCCUUGGAAAUCCUAACCCUGAAAUUCUCACUCUCAAACACUCCAGAGUCUAGAGAUUCAUCCUCUGGAAAUUGGACUUCCAAUUCAUUCUUGCAGGAAUGGUGACCUUACCAUGGGAUCUCCUACCAGACAUCCUUGCUUGGUUGCCGGUGAAGUCAAUCGCACGAUUCAGGUGUGUAAACAAAGCAUGGUGCAAAUUACUGAGAAACACUGAGUUUCUUAAAAGGCAAUAUAAGCAUGCUGUUGAGAUGAAAAGAUUUAGUAUCAUGUUUCACAAUCAGAAUGAUAUAUAUACCUUUAGUUAUGAUCCAUUAUUGUCUACUUGUGAGGGCUCUGGUCAUGUUGAAUACCCCGUGAAAUCUGUCAAGAUGGGAAUUGAGUUUUUUGGAUGCUGUAAUGGCUUGGUUUUCUUAAGGCAUGUUAAUAAGUUCAACUCUGCUGUACUUAUCCUUUGGAAUCCCUCGAGUAAUGAAUGUAAGAAGUUACCAGAUCCACCAACUAAAUUAAAGGAGCAUCGAGGUGGAUUUGUAGAAUAUGGAUUUGGUUAUGAUUGCCAGAUUGAGGAUUUUAAAGUAGUACGCAUUGCACAGGGUUUUAAGAAAGGCUGGUGUGAGGUCCAGGUGUUUUCACUUAGAUCAAAUUCAUGGAGAAGACUUGAGGACAUCCAGGUUGAUAAACUUUCUUAUGAUUUCAAUAGACCUGAUAUGUGUCGUUUACCUGUCAACGGAGCUCUUCACUGGAAAGCCUUAGUUGGAGGGGACUUGGGCACUGAUAACAUUCUUCGCUUUGAUUUUGAGAAAGAAGAGUUUGAUCAGAUAUCAAUCCCUGAUGAAGUCAAUGAUGAUCAUGAAAGGCAUUUGUGUGUUUUAGGAGGGUCGCUUUGGUUACUUGUUAAUGAGUAUGGGUGUAGUCUUGAAUUCUGGGAAUUGAAAGACAGUGAAGGGAAGAGAUCAUGGAACCGUUGUUUCAGCAUUGACAUAGAUAAAUUUGACUCUGACAAAGACUUGAUCCCCUUGCAGCUUUUAGAGAAUGGAAAGAUCUUGUUUGGAGUACACAGCGGAAGUGAUUUGCAGUUUGUUUUGUAUGACCAGAAACGUGAGACAACUAGAACUCUUAAGGUCCACGAGGGUUUAGUAACUUCCUCUUUCCCUACUUCUGUCUACGUAGAGAGUCUAAUUUCACUAGAGACGGGCACAUAUCUUGGAAAAGUUCAAUGGGGCAAAGUAGAGGAAGAUGUCUCCGAAGAAAAAGAAGGCGAGGAGGAGGAAGACAAGGUUGAGGUUGAGGAUGAGGAGGAUGACGGUGGUACUGGUGCUGGUGUCGCUGGUACUAGUGAUGACAAUGACGAAGAAGAGUCGAAAUGAAGGAAAACAAGACAACUUCAGGGUUUUGUGCACUAGUUUUUUUUGAUAAAUUUGUUUCUGUCGUAGCUGCAGUCUGUGGAUGUUGAUCAAACUGGGAUGUUCUUCUAGUUAAAAUACAUGUCAGAUAUUUGUGUUAUUGGAACUGAUGUUGCUGGUGUAUGUGUGCAUGCCAGUAUUUCCUGUACGACCGACCAGCAGUUGGCAACAUAAAGCACUUCAGAUCUUUAUUUUCAA